GUUGCAUUGAGGGCUUCCAUUGCAUGGUUCUCUGCUUAUUAGCUCUCAAAGAAACGAGGAAGAAGAAACUAAUCGGAUAUGGUGCUGACAUGGUAUUAGAUACUAUAUUACAAUCCACUUAUAAAAUGACACUUGGCAAGUGAGAUGAUCUUGUCUGUAGAUGGAAUUUCUGAUUUAACAAAGGGGUGAAUGAACUGUUAAAAGCUAACGGAAGAUGGUGCCAGUGUUAACAGAGGGGGUGAUUUGCCACUGCAGAACAACUAAACAAUGGACAUUAGAUUUUUAAUGUUUAUUAUCAUCAUCCUCUUACUGCUUUUCUUUUCUCCAUUCUCAUGUGGAACUGAUAUCAUGAUCUCAUCCACCAAUCUUAGUGAUGGUAGAACCUUAGUUUCUAAUGAUGGAAGCUUUGAACUGGGCUUUUUCAGUUCUGGAAGCUCCACCAGGAGCCGUUACUUGGGAAUUUGGUUAAAGAAAAUCUCAGUUCAAACAGUUGUUUGGGUUGCAAAUAGGUGCGACCCGAUUAAUGACACGUCUGGUGUUUUGAUGAUAAACAGCACAGGCAAUCUGGUACUCCUCAGUCAAAGCGGGAGUGUUGUUUGGGCACCAAACUCAAGGAAUGGUGCUCAAAACCCAGUUUUGCAGCUCUUGGAUUCUGGAAAUCUUGUUCUACAGGAUAGAAUUGCUGGUAAAUCAGAAACACUUUUGUGGCAAAGCUUUGACUAUCCCACUAAUUCUUGGCUGCCAGGGAUGAAACUUGGAUGGGACUUAAGGACUAAUCUUAAUCGACGACUAUCAGCGUGGAAGUCCCCAGAUGAUCCAUGCCCUGGAGACUUAACUCUUGGGAUAGAGCGAUUUAAUUAUCCCGACCUUGUUAUGUGGAAAGGCUCAAACAAGUAUUUCCGUGCAGGCCGCUGGGAUGGCAUUGGAGCGACUGGUUUACGCCUGCCGGAGCCAAAUCUCUACUUUACGUUCAAUGUCACCAUAAAUGAAGAGGAGAUAUACAUCAUCUAUUACCUCAAAAUCAAAUCAAUAAUCACAGCAAUUGUUUUGAACCAAACUUCCAGUAGGCUGCAGCGCACCAUAUGGAAUGAAGACGCUAGAACUUGGGUAGUGUACAGUCAACUUCCAACAGAUGACUGUGAUAACUAUGGGAUGUGUGCGGCAUAUGAGACCUGCUUCGACACAACGAUGCCGCCUUGUCAAUGUUUGAAAGGUUUCAAGCGGAAAUCACAAGAAUGGAACUCAGUGAACUUGUCUAGUCAGGGAUGUGUGCGCAAUAACGCAUUAGACUGUCAGAAAGGAGAUGGAUUUAUCAAAUUUGAGGGGUUGAAACUGCCAGAUACUGAACAUUCUUGGGUGAAUAGAAGUAUGGAUCUCAAUGAGUGCAGGGCUAAAUGCUUAGGAGAUUGUUCUUGUAUGGCCGACACAACCUUGGAUGUUAAAGAAAACAGAGGCUGUGCAAUUUGGUUUGGUGAGCUACUUGAUCUUAAGAAGGUCCAAUUUGCUAGACAACAUUUAUACAUUCGAAUGUCGGCUGCUGAUUCAGGUAUUGGGUUAGACAUUUCAAUUUUUCAUUAAGUUUUGUAAUGAUUUCUAUUUCUGUUGGGUGUUAUAAGUUCUAUUUUCAGUCAAGUUGGGAAACUAUUUCAUUGUUAAGAUACUAUUCACUUAUUUCCAAGCACCCCCUUAUAUAAUAAAAUUGAUUAGUUUGG